AGUUUCGUAACUCAGACCCCCCACUUUCUCUCUGCAAUUCCAUUUCCAUGGAGUCAGAAGCUUCAACUCCCUUGCUAAAAAAGGAAACCCCUAUUGUUCAAUCGAAGCCGAAUAAUAAAGACUUCUUGAACCACCUCGAAGCGUACCUCGCAAAGCGAGAUGGCGUGGACAAGCUUCUAAAGAUAUCUAGAUACGCCACCAAGAUCAUACUCGCCUCCUCAGCUCUCCCCGAAACCCUAACCCUAAAUCACCGCCUCAAGAGCUUCGAGUCGAGCGUCGGGGUCAGCCGCAAGGCCUUCAGGCUCGGCAAGUUCGUCCAAGACGUCAACGCCCUGAGAAAUUCGCAUUUCGAUUCCAAGGAAGAGCUCGCCCUCUCGCUCGUCGCCUACGGCGGCGAGGGGUUGUACUUUUUCGUCGAGCAGUUCGUGUGGCUGGUCAAAUCGGGCUUGAUUGACAAGAAGCACGCGCGGAGUUUGGGGCUGAUCAGCGCGUGGGCGGAGUUGGUUGGGUACUUGGGGAGUGUUUCGUUGAAGAUUAGGGAUUUGAAUCGGAUUUCGGAGGACGAGAGGCGCGUGAAGAUGAGCAUAGAGGUUGCGAUUACGAGGGGGAUUAAGUGUGAGGAAGAGAAGGAGAGGCUGGGGAAGUUGAUUCAGAAGAAACUGAUGAAACGACUGUCUGUUGUUCAGGAUUUGGCCGAUGCGUUAAUGGCGGUGACUGAUAUUCGUGACGGAAAAGGACACUUUCUGGGGCCGCUGUCUGUAUCAAUUGCAGGGCUAUUAUCGGCAUUGAUCAGCACUCAUAAGAAUUGGGUUUCUUGCUGAGUUUGAUGAGGUAUGGGUACUGGGAAUUUACUUUCUUAGUUUGAUCUUGAAACUAGGAGAGAGUGAGAUCUGCUAAUACUGUCACUGUAGGAGAUACAAUGUGAAUCCCUGAAGGGUUGUUAGUGCUCUAGUUUUUACAUUUCUAUUCUCGGGAAUAAAACUACAUAAUUAUAGGCUGUGAAAUACAGUGCUUCAAUAAGAAUUUCUUUAUUCUGAGCAAAUUGAGAAGUUGUUAUUGAUUACUGUCAGGUCAAUGGAUCGAGUGGUCAUCACUAGUGCUUACAUGUAGUACUUAUUAGAAUGUCAACUAAUCAGUCCCCUUGAGUAGAAUGUUUAACAUGUUUAGUAUGAAUUAUGAGCAAGGGAUGGAGCUCUGUGUUACUGUAUCAGCUUGUGUUUGGUUGAUAGAGUAUGUCAAGUGACAUUUCUGCGGCAUUUUGGAUUUUCGCAUUUGCUUGUAAUUUCUGAGCUGUAAGUUCCAUAGCUCCUUAUUUCUGUGCGUUUGGUUUUUC